AAAUCAUAUGUUAAUUAAGCGUACGUGACGAAACAGGGCCGCCAUGAAGAAUCGGUUUUGACCAAAAGUGAAAAUACACAUGAAAACACAAUGUUGGUUUAGGAAUCCUGUUAUAUUUGUGGUCUAUCGUUGGAUUUGAGAAAUCAGUAUGACAUCGCAAACGGAAACUGGUCGGUCUUUGCGCCACAAGGUCCGUCGUCAUUAUGACGAAGGCGAGCAUCAAGAUGAUGAGAUUGAAGGGAGGAGGACGUUUACUCUGGACGAUAAGCUCACAACAGAUCGUUACAACUUCCCAAUGGUCAAGACUAUGAGUAGCCAAGAUUUCACACUUCAGUGGCUUCAAGAGAAUGGCUUUGAUACACCUCUUUUGUUUAAAGAAUCUACCCAUCUUGACAUCAGGACACCAGAUAGUAACUUCACUGUUAGCGAUGUCAAGCAAUUUGUUGGGAGCCGUCGUGUUGUUGAUGUGAUGGAUGUGAACACACAGAAAGGCAUUGAGAUGACCAUGGCUCAGUUUGCCAGGUAUUAUGAAAGCCCUGAUCGGAAGGAGCUUUACAAUGUCAUUAGUCUUGAGUUCAGUCACACAAGAUUAGCAGACGCUGUCCAGCAGCCAAAAGUGGUUCGUCAGAUUGAUUGGGUGAAUAAUGUUUGGCCUCGUCAUUUAAUAGAUACCCAGAGAGAUAGCACCAAUAUUCUUGCUGAAAUGAAAUAUCCCAAGGUCCAAAAGUAUUGUUUGAUGAGUGUAAAAGGGUGCUACACAGACUUCCAUGUUGACUUUGGUGGUACAUCUGUCUGGUAUCAUAUACUCAGAGGAUCAAAGGUGUUUUGGUUGAUCCCACCGACGGACGAGAACCUGGAGACGUAUGAGACCUGGGUGUUGUCAGGGAAGCAAGGAGAUAUCUUUCUUGGAGACCGGGUGAUGGAGUGUGGCAGGAUCCGCCUGGAGGCAGGAGACACAUUCAUGAUCCCUACAGGUUGGAUCCAUGCAGUUUAUACGCCUGAAGAUUCACUGGUGUUUGGUGGUAAUAUCCUGCACACAUUCAAUGUUCGGAAGCAGCUUGGUGUUUGGCAACUUGAAGACAGAACAAGGGUGCCAACCAAGUUCCGCUACCCGUUCUACUUUGAGAUCCACUGGUUUGCUCUCGCAAGGUAUGUUGAAGUCCUCCUCGGUCGCCAGCAUGUCAGACAAUCUGGAAACUCGCAGGUGGAACAAUUAGAAUUAGCAUAUACAAACAAUGGACAUAGCAUCAAGCAAGAGAAUGGAAUUGAUGUGCAUGUGAAGGUGGAUGAGGAGGAGGAAGUUCAGAUUAAUCAUCGCCAUAGAAACGUGAAGGUGGAAGACGAGGAUGAGAUGUCAGAUGCCAUCUUGAAAUCACUGGCAAUGGGACAAACUAUGGACAUGGAUACUUCGGAUGACAAGGAUUUUUCAUUUGAGGAUUCCACAGAGAAAUUUGAGAUCAAAUUCGAGCCAACUGGAAGUGGGGGAGGAGAGUUUGCAUCGACUUCAUCGUUGGGCGGAGUCAAGGAGCACGUCCACCUGUCAUGGGCCGAGAUGGAAGGUUUGAUCAACUUGGUGGAGUUCUUGGAGAGUCUACCAAGGAGUAAACGCAGUGUCCCAGAACUCAUUGACAAUCCUGAUCAACUCUUAGAAGAUGCCAGGGAGAUGCUGGAGCUACACCAAGAUGAUGAUCCAGGCCUUGGAGUCACUGGAAUCCCUGUUGUUAAAUGGCCAGAUCCUCCUCCUAAGCCUCCUGUCAAACUAAAACCACUCCACUCUGGUGUAAAACGGGUGAAGAAGAAAAAGAAGAACAAGUCUCUGACGAUGAAUCGUAAGCGACGUACACGCUGCAAGAGCUGUGCCAACUGCACCAGGGCAGAUUGUGGAGAGUGCAACUACUGUUUGGAUAUGAAGAAGUAUGGAGGUCCUGGGAGAAUGAAGCAAUCCUGUAUCAAGAGACAAUGUUUGACACCCAUCCUACCAGGCAAGUCUAGCUGUUCAAUAUGCAAGCAAGAGGAUUGCGACGCAGAAGGGAACACCACUCUCUUUGAGUGCUAUGUCUGUCAUGAUAUCACCCAUCCUGCAUGUGUGAAGGAGCAAGGAUUUGAGGCAGAGGGUGUUAUGAACGAGGAGCUGACAAACAGCUGGGAGUGCCCCAAGUGUGUGGAGGUAGAAGAUGAUGACGAUGACGAGGAGGAUGAUGAGGAUGAAGAGGAGUCUGGUCAUGAGUCUGAUGGUAGUUCAGAGAAGUCAGCACCUGCAAGAGGCAGAAAAAGGAAAGCUGAUAAUGAUGAUGGGAGUCCUGAUGCUGGCACACCCGGAAAGAGAGUGAGCCAACGAGGAAAGGGACCUUCCAUGGCAUCAACGUCCACCUACCAAGGUACACUCCGGACAAGACUAAGGCAUCGCGGAGGAAACACCCAGCAGCUGGCCAAGAAGAAGGUGCGCCAGGCUAAGUAUCACAUGCAGAAGUCAUCACUCAAAGGGAAAGUAAUGGCAAAGAGGCAUACUUGGCAGCACAAGAAGAGACACCCUGGUAGGCCACCAAAACUUCAAGCUCAGGUUGAACCAAAACCAAUCAUCAUGGAGAAGAUACCAGCCUGUGCUGCUCCAAAGUUUGUUGUCCGACCGGCUCCUGCAAACCCUCCGGCUGAGUUUGUUCUUAUGGCAGAUGACACAAAGCAUCCCAUCCAUCGGGAUGACUGGAUGACCAUCUUCCAGUUUCUUGACAGACAUGCUCUCAACGAAUGCAUGGCUGUCUGUAAGACAUGGAACAGAUGGUGCAUUCAUCCUUCACUCUGGAAGAAGAUCAGUCUUGCCCGUGUAUCUCCCCUCACAAAGUCUGCACUCUGUGGAAUUGUCCGACGUCAACCGCUUUCGCUGAAUCUUUCCUGGACAAACAUCAGUGCCAAGCAACUGUCCUGGCUCCUCCCACGUCUCCCAAACCUCAAGGAACUGAGUCUUGGUGGGUCAACUUGGCCUGUUGUUUACAGCCUAGCCUCUGUAGCUUGCCCCUUCUUAACAUCACUUGACCUACAGUGGGUGAGCGCCCUCAAUGACUCUUCCCUCAUGUCUCUACUCUCCCCUCCCAAUGACCACAGACCAGGUUAUUUUGAUGAACGUUCUCGUCUCUCAAACAUUGAGAGGUUAUGCUUGUCCGGAGCAGACAUCACUGAUGCAACCAUGUCAGCAAUUGUUCAGUAUGCACCACUUCUUGCUCACCUGGAUGUUAGUUUCUGUGGUAACCUAACCGAUGCUAGCAUCAGGAUUCUUCUUGAUGAGAAGUCUCCAGUCAGAAUGACUCUUAGAGAGCUGAACAUUGCCGGUUGCAGGAAAAUGACACUAUCUGUCUUUAGCCAACUAGAGUCUUGCCCAACUCUCAAGAAGCUCAUCGUCCAUUCCUGUCCCAACCUGGCCCAAGAAGCUUGCCUGAAAUUCACUGAGCAGAAAGGAGUUGAGAUGGUGACUAACAAACCAAGAAGAGUGUGCAGAACAAGUAGCCACUGAUUUGGAGAUUCCAUGUCAUUUGACUGUCGCUCCUAUGGAAGAUCUACACAUUAUUCCUAACCUUUAAACUAAUCCUUACCCCAAUGGUCACAUUAUCCUUGGGAUGUUUCAUAAAGCUCUUUGUAAGUUAUAAACAACUGACAAAAUGGCCCCUUUGAUCCAGUCAAAUAUUGACAUUUGUUCAAUGCACUUGAAACUUAAAUACUUGUUAAAGAUAAUAUUAAUCUGAAAAGAUUUCAUAUCAAUGUUAGCUAAUGGGAAUACAAAUGAAUAAGAAUCAAAUGUAGUACAAGAAUGGUUCAUUAGUCAUGUAUAAAGUUUUGUGUAACUUUUGAUUGGUUUUAUGAAACACCUCCCCCCCUGAACUUGAUGUUAUCACAACCUUCCCUAACCCAAUGUCAUCAAAGUAGGAGGAAGUGCCACAGGGCAAAAUGUCUGAUCGCUUGGGGAGUAUUUUAUGAAGAAUUAUACUUGCAUCUGAUUGGCUGAGACCUAG